UAUAAAUCUACCGUUCAUUUUAAAAUCAUCUUCACUUCAGUUCACAAUACUUCAUAUUGUAGUAGCUGAUGAUCAACACGGCAAUACUUGAUGGAGCAAUAGCAAAUGACCCCAGCCAAUUCACUGUCUGCUGAAAUAGAAACUUCGAUAAGAGUAAAUAAAGGUAAGAGGGAGGAACUAGAAAAAUACUGAAGUACAUAUCACAAAGAACAAGCUGAAAAACAUUUCACCAGGAGUGACCGAAAAUUACAUGACUGCUGCUUAACGUUGAAAGGGUUGUACUAAGAAAUCUAAUGGGCUAUACAAACUCGUCAUCAAAAUAUUGAGCGUCGAACAUCCCCUUGAAAAAGGUCGUUGGUCGCGGAAUUGUAGUAGCUUAAUCAUGUCUUCUAUCGGUAGUGGGUAUGACCUUACUGCAUCGCAAUUCUCUCGAGGCGGAAAUGUUUUUCAGAUAGAGUAUGCCUGUAAGGCUGUCGAAAAUAGCGGGCAAGAAAUAACGUCAUUAUUUUACCUAUGUUUUUAGUACAGCCAUUGCUAUCCAAGGUAAAGAUUGUGUAGUUUUUGCUGUGGAGAAUAUUGUCACAUCAAAACUUUACGAGCCCGGUUGUGUUAAACGGAUUUAUAAUAUUGAUGACCAUAUCGGGAUGGUGGUGAUGGGAUUUCAAACUGACGCCAAGGCAAUCGUUGAGGCAGCCAGAGAAGAAUGCUCAAAUUAUCGUAAUAGCUUUGGAAGCCGUAUACCUCUCUAUUCUCUGACGGAACGACUGGCUAUGUACAUGCACGCUCAUACACUUUAUAGUGCGGUCAGACCGUUCGGUGUAUCAGUUUUGCUUGGUUCCUACGAAAAUGAUGGUCCUCAUUUGUUCGUGAUAGAGCCUUCCGGGUUGUCUUUUGCUUAUUUUGGUUGUGCCAUCGGAAAAGCCAAACAAAAUGCAACAACUGAAAUAGAGAAACUGAAGAUGAAUGAUUUGUCUCCUGAAGAAUUAAUCAAGGAAGCGGCCAAAAUAAUUUAUACCGUUCACGAUGAAAUCAAGGACAAAAAUUUUGAAUUGGAUCUUAGUUGGGUUGGUGCAAAUACAAAGGGUAUACAUCAACCUGUUCCCCGCAAACUCUUUGAUGAAGCAGAGACAUUCGCCAAACAGGCCUUAGAAGAAGCUGAUGAUUUAGAUGACGAAGUGGAAUAAACUAUGUACAUUUAUUAUUUUCUAAAUAUAAGUUUUUUGAACCAC